AUGAGGGUGGUGUCGUCCGCGAACUUGAUCAGCUUCACGGAGUCGUGGCUGGAGGUGCAGUGGUUGGAGGUGCAGUGGGAGGAGGUGCAGUGGUUGGAGGUGCAGUGGUUGGAGGUGCAGUGGUUGGAGGUGCAGUGGUUGGAGGUGCAGUGGUUGGAGGUGCAGUGGUUGGAGGUGCAGUGGUUGGAGGUGCAGUGGGAGGAGGUGCAGUGGGAGGAGGUGCAGAGGAGUAACCAGGCCGUGAAGAUGCUGGAGUCCAGGGAGAAGGCCACUCCCAGUAUGUUUGGAGAACUGCUGAGGAACGCCAGCAUGGGAGACCUGCGCAGCUGUCCUAGCCAGUGUGGGCAGCAGCUGCGUAUGGCCCGUGUCCUCCUGAACAGUCCAGAGAUCAUCACCAUCGGCCUCGUGUGGGACUCUGAGCACUCGGACCUGGCUGAGGACGUGAUCCACACCCUGGGCACGUGUCUGCGCCUGGGAGACGUGGAGGCUCUAGUUGGAGCUGUGGAGCCACAGGUGGAGGCUCUGGUUGGAGCUGUGGAGCCAGUGGAGGAGGUUCUGGCUGGAGCUGAGGAGCUACAGAUUGAAGUUCUAGUUGGAGCAGUGGAGCCAGUGGUGGAGGCUCUGGCUGGAGCUGUGGAGCUACAGGUGGAGGCUCUAGUUGGAGCUGUGGAGCUACAAGUGGAGGCUCUGGUUGGAGCUGUGGAGCUACAAGUGGAGGCUCUGGUUGGAGCUGUGGAGCCAGUAGUCGAGGUUUUGGCUGGAGCUGUGGAGCUACAGGUGGAGGCUCUGGCUGGAGCUGUGGAAGAAGCUUUACAAGUCCUUGACAGCCACAGGAAUGGAGGAUGGCUUCAUGAACUUGGAGAGAAGCUCCCUGACAAGCACCACCAUCUCUGCAUGAAGAACAUGCAUGAGUGGCUUCUCAUGCUGCAGCCUUUUAAUGAAACCCUGGAAUGUUGGCAGCACUCCUGA